AUGCCGAUUCCCGACCCUAACCCUAACAUUUCUACUGCCUUCCACCUGCCACCAUGGCUUCUGUGCUCAGUCGCGUCUUCUGUUGUUGCUGGAGGCGGAAAAGGUCGAGGAACUUUUCACCAGUUCGAGGGACAAGACGAGGAAUCACUCCUGAUUCCUUCAAAUGUAGAAUCUCCAACCAUUGAAAGGCCACCGCUAUCUCACUCAGAGGUAUUAGACCGACAACAUCUGAAAGAGAGGAUGGGUCUAAUUGUGCAGUCAAAAGGGGGCAAAAUGGUCAACGUGAACUCACGGGUCCCUUUCAAUCUCCACAACAAAAAAAUUGCUGUAACGCUUGACCCAUCACCCUCCUCCUCCCGUGGCUCUGCCUCAUUAUCAUCACAUUCCCGUUCUCACACAAACGGGCAAGCACAUUGGCAGGUCCAAGCACACGUGGGUGCACCAGUCACCAACAACAUUCCCUCGAGUUCGUCUUCGAUCACCUCACAGGAUGGUGUUUCGACGGAUUUUGAGGGGUUCACCCGAAGUCCGAUUCUCAACCUUCGUUUGCGUCCACUGUUUUUGUCCGGCUUUGACAUGGGUCUCUCUCUCUAA